GAUUAACGCAUCAUGCAACGGUUGUACAUGAAACCCUUGGUGAACAACCUGACAGUGAAUGUUUCAAUCGUCGGAAUGAAUGGAUCGGGGAAGUCAGCUAUCCUUGUCAAAUAUCUCACUCGACGGUUCAUUGUUGAAUAUGCACCUUAUUUGAGUGACAGUUACACGAAAGCGGACACAAUUGAUGGACAAGAAGUCACGCUGAAUAUACAGGACACUUCGGAUAGUGACGAUAUGGAUCUGGAGGAAAUCUUGAAAUGGUCCCAAGCAAUCAUCAUCCUGUUCUCUAUUACCAGUCGUCGGAGCUUCUAUCGCGCACAAGAACUGUUGGAAAGCAUCAAACAAAACUCCGAGCCUCAUGGACGCCAACUGUCUCAGAGGCCAUCCAGCACCGGCAGUGCGUCCGCGCUUUCGAGCUCAGUGGGCAGCUCCAGUACAGCUUCACCUGUCUCAUCACUAGGUCCUGGUUACACAGGUUCUUUGAGACGCACGGCAGUAUAUGGUGUGGCUACGGUUCGGACACCAACGCUGAUGUUAGUUGCGAACAAAUCUGACUUGGAUCGAUUCAGACUAGUCGAAAAAUCUGAAGCCGAGGCCUUGGCCAAAGCACACGGUAUUCCUUAUUAUGAGACCACUGCAGCCGAGACGUAUAACGAAGUACAAGGUAUAUUCCACACAGUGGUUCGGUUGUCAAAUUCCACACGCUUCGGCAAGUCACGAGGACCGAACGGAGGUGGGGCAAGUGUUGGCCGAUCCAUGAGCUCCAGUGCCGGAUCCCUAACUCCGGCCACGGGAAGCGUUCUUUCCAGUCUGGCUGUGUCACCUGGUCUUUUGCUUCAAAAGAAAGGGAUACCGAUGCCUGGGUUACCUCCAACCAUUCAGCCAGCANUUGGCCGAUCCAUGAGCUCCAGUGCCGGAUCCCUAACUCCGGCCACGGGAAGCGUUCUUUCCAGUCUGGCUGUGUCACCUGGUCUUUUGCUUCAAAAGAAAGGGAUACCGAUGCCUGGGUUACCUCCAACCAUUCAGCAGGAUACAACGAGUCCAACAGUCACUGAUGGUGACAACAAUCUGACCAAUCCGGUUGCGCGUCUGACUAAUCUCCGAUUCCGCGGAGCAAGCCCACCCACAUUUGGAAGGAACUUGCGUAGCCCGAGCCCCAGUAUCACGAUUGGGAAUCGACCUCAAACAGCAUCUGCACCUGUGACUACAGAGUCAGCGGCAGCUACCUCCCACACUGGACGUACUAGUCUGUCGCACGCACAAUCAUUCACGGGUCCAACUGGACAUUCAGAACAUCCAGUCAAAGCCACAACCACAAGCAAUCCUGUACGCCCACCACAACCGUCGCAACAAAUUAAACAGCCCGCUGAAGAAGGGUCGAAGUUAAGAGCGACAACCCCGACACCCUCUUCCACAAAUCUUCCACCGCCCCAAGCACCACCACCACUACCACCUAAACGAGGGCCCAUGGGCUUCCGUUUCUUUGCCAAGAAGUCCAAAUAAGUUGUUGCGGCAUCUCGAAAAAGCAGCAAUUCGCAACACUGAGUUCAUUCACUGUGUCAGCAACCAGAAUCACUGACUCAUUGUAAGAUGAAUAAUGCUCAACCAUUGAGAGAAACUCGUUCAGUCAUAACUACUUACUUUUCGACCGUGCUGGGAACGGUGAGAAUGAUAUACUGUUGGUUCACAAAAAACUC